GAGCGGGCGGACGUCAGCGCUGCCAGCGUGGAAACCGCUCCGGGCCGCGGGAGGCGGAAGUAGAGCCCGGCACGGCGGCCGCGUCGCCGGACGCCUGAGCCAUGGACGCGUCCCUGGAGAAGAAGGUUCGAUUCCCAGCACCCACGUGGUGACUCAGAAUUGUCUGUACCUCCUGCUCCUUGGAACCCAGCGCCAUCUCCUGGCCUCCUCAGGCACCAGGCAUAUAGCAGACCUUACGCUAGCUGAGAUGGGGAAGAACUUGAAGGAGGCGAUGCAGAUGCUGGAGAACGGCCAGAGAAGAAUAGAGGACGAAAAUGGAAAGAAGCCAGUAUCAGAGGAUGUUCCAGGGCCACUCCAGGGCAGUGGACAAGAUAUGGUGAGCAUCCUCCAGCUAGUCCAAAAUCUGAUGCACGGAGAUGAAGAUGAGCAGCCUCAGAGCACCCGAAUCCAGAAUAUUGGAGAACAAGGUCACAUGGCUUUGCUGGGUCACAGUCUGGGUGCUUAUAUUUCAACUCUGGACAAAGAGAAGCUAAGAAAACUUACAACCAGGAUACUGUCAGACACUACUUUAUGGCUACGCCGGAUUUUCAGGUAUGAAAAUGGGUGCGCCUAUUUCCAUGAAGAAGAGAGGGAAGGACUUGCUAAGAUCUGUAGGCUCGCCAUUCAUUCUCGCUACGAAGACUUUGUAGUGGACGGAUUUGAUGUGCUGUAUAACAAAAAGCCUGUCAUAUACCUUAGUGCUGCUGCUAGACCUGGCCUGGGCCAAUACCUUUGCAAUCAGCUUGGCUUACCCCUGUCCUGCUUGUGUCGUGUGCCUUGUAACACUAUGUUUGGAUCCCAGCAUCAGAUGGACAUUGCCUUUCUUGAGAAACUGAUCAAAGAUGACAUAGAAAGAGGAAGACUGCCCUUGCUGCUUGUUGCAAGUGCUGGAACCGCAGCAGUGGGACAUACGGACAAGAUUGGACGUCUGAAAGAGCUCUGUGAGCAGCAUGGCAUCUGGCUCCAUGUGGAAGGUGUGACGCUGGCAACAUUGGCUCUAGGCUAUGUCUCCUCGCCUCUGCUGGCUGCAACCAAAUGUGACAGCAUGACUCUGACUCCUGGCCCGUGGCUAGGUUUGCCAGCCAUGCCUGCAGUGACACUCUACACACAUGACGACCCUGCCUUGACUCUCGUAGCUGGUCUUACAUCCAACAAGCCUGCAGACAAGCUCCGAGCCCUGCCGCUGUGGUUGUCUCUACAAUACUUGGGCCUUGAUGGCAUUGUGGGAAGAAUAAAGCACUCCUGUCAGCUGAGUCAACGAUUGCAAGAAAGUUUGAAGAAAGUGGACCACAUCAAAAUCUUGAUGGAAGGUGAGCUCAGUUCUCCAGUAGUGGUGUUCAGAUUUUUCCAAGAAUUACCAGGUUCAGAUCCGGCCUUUAAAGCUGUCCCAGGAUCCAGCGUGGCCCCUGCAGCCGUCGGCCGGGAGAGAGAUUCCUGUGAUGCACUGAACCGCUGGCUAGGAGAGCAGCUGAAACAGUUGGUGCCUAUGUGUGGUCUCACUGUCGUGGACUUGGAGGUAGAUGGUACAUGUAUGCGGUUCAGCCCUCUGAUGACGGCAGCAGGGUUGGGAACUCGAGGAGAGGAUGUGGAUCAACUCAUCACCUGCAUCCAAAGCAAACUUCCAACUCUGACCUGUACACUACAGCUGCGGGAGGAGUUCAGACAGGAGGUGGAGGGGACAGCCAGCCUCCUCUAUGUUCACGACCCCAACUGGCCUGGAAUCGGGGUUGUCAGGUAUGAGCAUGCUAACGAUGAUAACAGCAGUUUGAAAUCUGAUCCAGAGGGGGAGAAAAUACACAGUGGACUUCUGAAAAAGUUAAAUGAACUGGAAUCUGACCUCACAUUUACAAUGGGCCCUGAGUACAAAAGCACGAAGAGCUGUAUUUACAUCGGCAUGGCAAGCGAUGAUGUGGAUAUUUCUGAACUAGUGGAGACCAUAGCAGUCACAGCCCGGGAAAUUGAGGAAAACUCAAGGCUUCUAGAGAACAUGACAGAAGUAGUUCGGAAGGGAAUUCAGGAGGCCCAGGUUCAACUACAGAAGGCAAAUGAGGAACGGCUUCUGGAAGAGGGAGUGUUGCGACAGAUCCCUGUAGUAGGGUCCGUGCUGAAUUGGUUCUCUCCAGUCCAAGCUUCACAAAAGGGAAGAAGUUUUAACUUAACAGCAGGCUCUCUGGAGUCCACAGAAUACACUUACGUCCACAAAGUACAAGGAACGGGAGUGACACCGCCUCCCACACCGUCAGGCAUUCGAAGCAAACAGAGACUUCCAGGCCAGAAGCCUUUUAAAAGAUCCCUAAGAGGCUCGGAUGCUCUGAGUGAGACCAGCUCAGUCAGUCACAUUGAAGACCUCGAAAAGAUGGAGCAGCUGUCCAGUGGGCUAGAACCCAGCAACCUAGAGGCCCACUGCCCUGAGGAGGCCCCCAGGGCUCCUGCCCCCACAGACAGCCAGACAGAAGCCCUGCAGAACAAGGCCCAGCACCCAGAAGAUGACCACCCCCAGGUAGAGGGGUUGGAGCGCUUAAGAUAAAGCCGGGUGAUCCUGUGCUGACUCCUGCUUCAGGGAAGGUGAAGUUUCAUGGAAACUGUGGACUGUGCCACAUGCUAAUAGGGUAGAAUUCCUGUCACGUGUGCUGAACGGGGGUUUGCACACGUCCAUGCGGGGAAACCAGGGCUUCUGGGGGCGGGGGCUGGCAGUUAUUUUAUGUGUACGUACAACAACCAACAGUUGACUAUUUUGGCCUGCCCAACCUAGGCAUACCCUUUCUUCCUGCAGCAUAAACACUUUGUACUGAGAGAAUCUCUCCUCUCUCUGAACCUAAGCGUGAUUAGGUUGCACAGUGACUCUCUGGGUUUUCCUCCAUGCUUGUCUUACCAGGUCUGUAGUUCUGUCAAGUUGUGGUAGAUGCCUGCCUUACUGGCUGGCAUCAGAAAAUGGGUUUCAGUAGGACCUGAGUGAGAGUACAAGGAGCCUCUGCUGCUGUCCCUGAAGCCUCAGUGAGGACUGUAUACACAGGAGCUGUGGCGAGGCCUGUCCCCUGCUGCACCUUCCCCUUUAUACAUUGUUUGUAACAAGUUUAAGGACUCAUCUGUUAAUAGUAACUAACGCUAAGACCUCUUCCUGACCAUAUUUAAGUAUAUUUUUAAACACUGGAAAUGCUGUUAAGUUGGUGCCCAGUGUGCCCUGUGCUUGUCUGUUUAGGACAGAGAGCCCUCUGGAGGCCACCAUGAAGAGCCUGGCGUCUGCUGCGCAGCACGGCAAAGGCAGAAGCAAGCCUUUGACCUGCUUGUCAUGGUGCGGCCCAGCUUCUCCUCUGCUCACCCUGGGCCCAGCUCAGGACAGACCAGAGAAGUUGCCUCUUAAACAGGCUAACAAGCCAGAGCUAGCUGCCUAAUUCCCAUCCAUUUCUAUUUCCCAGAUACUGCAUCCCUGCAGUACCCUAAGAUGCCCCACCCCGUGCCUUCUUAGUCCCUAAGAGUCAAACAAUGGAAGAUGCUAAGAUGGUGGGCCUCUGGACUGUAGUAUUGGAAGCCUUAGUUAUACCACAUUAAGCCUAUAAUUAUACUGAUUUGAUGUGAUUUUUUUGACAGUUGCCACUUGUCAAAAUGCAAUCUUUCCAUAUUUUGGGUGCAAAUGAUUAAAUAUAGUCUUCCCUGUUUAUUUGAUGCAAUUAAGUAUAGCAGGUGACAUGGGAAGGGGUUAAAUUAUCACCUUUAGCAGAUUGAUUUUUAAAUGUUUUUAUACAUUUGAAAUUGCUACCUGGUUUUGCUGCAACAGAAUUUUACCUUGAGACACUAUCUGAUGUUGGCUUAAAUAAAGGCUCUUGAAACUGC